ACGUAGGAUAUCCGACCUGAAAUUUUCUUCUCGACAGUGUAUUCAAUUUCGCUAGUAUAUUGACUGCAAAUCGUCGUUGGACUAAAUUCAUCAACCAAUUCAGUGGAAUCCGUGCUUUGACCUAGCGGAAUAUUCUAUUGAUUGUUUGCCAUGGGUUUGUCGCACAGUAUUUCUGUUCCAGGCGGCGGCACGGAAGGCUAUCAUGUCCUCCGGGUUCAGGAAAAUUCGCCUGGCCAGCAAGCCGGUUUGGAGGCAUUUUUUGAUUUCAUCCUGGCGAUUGGAAAUACCCGGUUGGAUCAGGACAAUGGCACAUUGAAAGAAUUGCUGAAGGCUAACAUUGAUAAGGAGAUACAGAUGACAAUAUUUAGCAGCAAAACGCAAAAUAUUCGAGUGGUGAAUAUUAUGCCCAGCACUACGUGGGGUGGACAAGGGUUGCUUGGAGUCAGCAUAAGGUUCUGUUCGUUCGAGGGAGCAAACGAGAAUGUUUGGCAUGUACUGGAGGUUCACCCAUCCUCACCGGCUGAAGAGGCCGGUUUGAUUCCGUUUACCGAUUACAUCAUAGGUGCGGAUUCGAUAUUGCACGAGAGUGAAGACCUCUUUACGUUGAUCGAAUCACAUGAAGGAAGACCGCUGAAGAUGUACGUGUACAAUAUCGGGAAAGACGCAUGCAGGGAGGUGACAAUUACGCCAAACAGUAAAUGGGGCGGAGAUGGAAGUCUUGGCUGUGGGAUCGGGUACGGAUACCUGCACCGGAUACCGAUCAGAGUGUUACCGGCGGAUGCCAAAACAAGUCAACAAACCGGAGCGGCGCUUAGUCAAGCCAUGACGAGUGUGCCUGCGCCCGUUUCGGUGGGUGACACAAAUGCGAAUGCAAAUGCGCCGAAUCGACCGAUUCCUUUCAUUCCAAUGGUACCACCAUUAGCCAAUACGUUUGCGUCGGCAAACACAGCGCCAACAGACUUGCUGACCGUAUCCCAGACAACGGUGGCGGACAAUACAACGACGCUAACGAAUCAACUUUCCACACUGAGCACAUUGGACCAGGUGAAUAACAAUCCAAAUCUGUCGCCGAACGUUUCCGUUGGGGCCACGAACGCUAAUACCCUGGGAACCCCGGUCAAUUCAGUUGCAUCGCCGCUCAUCAACAUUGGAGAGACGUUUUACACGCCCCCAACGCAUUUCGUCAGCUCCGCGGCUAAUGUUCCCGUUUCACCGGCAACCGAUGUAGCUGCUGCUAUGCCCGCUGCAUCAAGUGAUAUUCCGAUGUAUCCGCCGCAAGUACAGCAAGUGCCCUAUUCGGUUCCAAAUAGCCAACAGCAAACUCUGAUCGACAUGUCCUACCCACAAUCCGUCACCAGCAGUACUGCACCACCAUCAACGUUGCCAACAGUCAAUCCGAGCGUUUUCUCCUCGAACCUACCGCCCCCAUCUUCACUAACGAAUGACUUCUACCAGACUUAUGGUGCCACACCAAACCCAGCGGCUGUUACAACUCCGACAACCUUUUUGCCAACUGCUUUAUCCUAUCCUUCGAGCAACAUCGACUUCCACCAGCAAGCACAGCCCCAAUAUCCGGCACAAACGUACGCCGCAGGACAAGCACCAGCCCCCAUCCAGAUGUAUUCUACCUUCCCUCAGCAAAUAUCUCCAGAUUCUGGCCAUCAACAGCAGCCAUCGCCACUGUUCCAAACGAGUGCCGUAACAACGCCCAUUUCUCUGCCCGGAAUGCCACCCAUUACGGUCAGUGCCACCAUCCAAGCGGAGGCUCUGAGGGGACUGCAGUUCAGCGGUAACUCUCCAUCUUCGGCGGGGGCAGCGCCGCAACAGCAAUGAUAGCUUUAUAGAACUGACAAGUUAUUGUAUGUAUGUUUUUCAAUUCUUUUGUUAAAUUCCAAGGGAUCAGCGGCGGGUGGCUCUAGCCGUUGUUAGUUCUACGUUUAGUAUUUGUAUUCUGGCUUCAUCUUUGUUACGACUGAAGCCGCGAAAUUCGACGCCCUGUUGAACAAUUGUGUAUUCCUUAUGCGAACCCUUUAUUUAAUCCUGAAGCAGAACCAACAUUAAUCGUUAUGAAUAUUUUUAUUCUAAAGUGUUUAUCAUAGAUCAAUCCGUGCGAUGAAUUAUUAAGUUACUAAUGGUUGUUUUCGUGCAAUCUGUACUACUUUUAGAUUUAAUAGGUCAAGACUAGAAAACAAACAAAAAAAAACAAUUGUGAAUCAUCGCGAGUAUUGGCUGAUUGUAUAUUGUAUCGAUAAUUUCUGUAAAACGCCUGCAUUUUACGCGUUCGCUGUCCAAGCAAACCUAAAUCGGAUUAUAGGAAUUAUUCAA